AUGGCAUCCCGAUGCCAGCCCUGCUCCGAGCUCACCAUCAGCCACCUGGUUCACCUCACGGAGCGCGAUUUCAACGGCCACGUAUUCCCAGAGGAGGGGUUCUACCGCCACCAUGACUCCUUCGAUGCUCUCGAACGAUCAGCCAACGAUGGAUGCGACUUUUGUCAACUCAUCAUAGAUUGCUUCAAGGGCUCCCCGAACAUACAUAAUACUAUCAGAUGGCCCGAACGCUGGGAAGGACAAGGACCCAGUUGUAACAUGGAGACGUCGAUGUACGCGGCCGCCAAGAGGCUCAAGAACUCGGAUGUCAAGAUUUCCAUCAACGCGAAUCAUGUCUUCUCCUGGACGUCUCUGGAGGCGGUCGAGGUAUUUGACUUGCUUCUGGUCCAAGUCGGCCCGAGGGAGGAGACCCCGAGAGACGAGGAGACGGGACGGGAGGUUGGGUUCCCGACGCUGACAUUGUCGUUCAGCGUUCCUCGAGAUCCUGCGGUCUUCGUGGACAAGUUCCGCAUCGGCCGCUUCCAGCUCGACCCAGACCUCGGCUCCGCAUCCAACUUUGAGAUUGCGAACCGGUGGCUCGCCGACUGUCGGGACAACCACCCGGACUGCCUCGUCAACGACGUGCGCGCGCUUCCUACCCGCGUGAUCGACGUUGGGUUAGGGUCAUCAUCAUCUCCCCCAGAGCGUCCUCGCCUUCUGCUCUCCGGCGGCAAGAAGGCGGAGUACGUGGCGCUCAGCCACUGCUGGGGCGGCAGGAUCGCCACGCUGCUGACGACGGAGACGCAGUCGGACUUCCAGCGGGGGCUGCCGGUGGACGAGUUGCCGGCUAAUUUCCACGACGCCAUUGCCAUUACCCGGCGGCUCGGGAUACGGUAUCUGUGGAUCGACUCGCUGUGCAUCCUCCAGGACUCGAAGGAGGACUGGGAGGAGGAGUCCAAGAAAAUGGCCAGUACGUACAGGGAUGCCACGGUGACCAUAUCGGCAAUGGCGUCUAGGGGAAGCAGCACGGGUAUUCUGAACCCCGUGCCGGACAGCACCAAGACUUCGGCACCCAUGCCACGACCUGUGCGCCUGAGGGUCUACCCGGAGGAGGAGGAGGACGACGACGACGACGGGAGCCACGAGACUGUCAAAGUCACAGUGGAGAUGAAAGAAGCCGAAGAGGAAGACCUACGCCUUUUGGAAAUGUCGAGUCCGCUGAGUUCCAGGGGUUGGACGCUUCAAGAAUCCAUGCUGUCCCCGAGACACCUUUUCUACGGCACGCGCCAGAUAUAUUGGCGAUGUCCACGUGGAUUCCAGUCGGCCGACGGUCUUCCUCACGGGAACGUGUUUCCGACCGAAUCCUACGCCGACAUAUCCACCGUGCUGUACUCGGACGUUCUCCGGAACCCUCCCGUGAAGAAGGAGGCCGAAGACACCAACGCAGUGCUGGCAGACUACUACGACUUGGUGCAGGGGUACAGCCACAGGCGACUGACCUUCCCCUCGGACAAGCUCCCCGCCUUCUCCGGCCUGGCGCAGCGGCUCCACCCCAAGCUAGGGGGCGACUACCUCGCCGGCAUCUGGAGCGCCGACAGCAAAAGCGGCCUCCUGUGGUACGCCGAGACGAACGGCUGCCCGCACGUCGAACCGUACCGGGCGCCGUCCUGGUCCUGGGCGGUGACGGACCAGCCGGUCUGCUUCCGGGGCGCCCGGUGCCCGCCGAACCCGCUGGACAUGCGGCUCCUGGAAUACGCCGUGACGCCUCGGAACGGGCGCAAUCCGUACGGCGAGGUCGAGGCGGCCCACAUCGUCAUCGAGGCGUCUGCGAAGCCGCUCGUCCGCAGCAGGCAGGUCGUCCCCUGGGGCGCGGGCAGCCGGCUUCCGUUGCUGGGGGCGUUCCACCCGGACGAGCACAUCGUACCCGCCGGCAGUAGUAGUCCGGCUGUUGACUGGAUUACCAAUGUCUACAGCGUCGUCGCCGCCGAAGAGGGGACGGAUUUCCUCUUGAGCAUCUGCACGGCGUCUGCGCGGGAGGAUGUUGAUGAUCCGUCGUCGUCGUCCGAUGGCUUCGAAAUAGACGCGAGUGCUUGGACGGAGGAGGAGUGCAUGGCUGUCUUGGUUGGCACGAACGCGGGCGACGACCCGGGCGGGGAGUCGCAUACCUUCGUCGAAUGCUUGGUUGUUGUCCGAGAUCCUGGUGGCGACGGACUGUACAGACGAGUCGGGUAUGUGGUUCUUCAUGACGCAAAGUUGGACUGGCUGCAGGAAUGGGAGAGCCAAGUGUUUAAGUUGAUAUGA